UUCAGCCAACGUUAACAACCAAUUGAACCCAUUUUUUCAGCCAAUCAACUUGAAAUGGUCCUUUGGAUUUACCUUUACCCAACUUUUCAAUCAACAAUCUAGUCUCAACAAUACUUUCAUCUACAAAAUUAGUUGAGUUGCUCAUCAACAACCAAAGUGUAUGGAUUAAAAACUAACACCUUUACAUUGUAAUAGCGCAAUUUGGUGCCAAUCUUUUUCUUGUGUUUCAACUUGUUCCAUUGUGAAUUGGUGAAGUUUGUUUGUUUUGUUUGUUUGCAUCGACUUUUCAUCCAUUCGCCCAAUCGAGUGAUUCUUUUAACGGAAAAUAUUUUGUACCAUUUAAAUGUGAUUACCAUCAUUGCCAUUGCCUCACCUCUUCGACAUGGGCUGUACACCAAGUAGUCGUCGAUCUCGAACCGAAACUGAACUCAAAUACAGUUGUCCCAAUGAAACGGCCAACGAAGACACCAAUAACCAAACGGAACCGUUGAAUUGUUCACAAAAAAGUUCAGAAAGUAAACCAUUUCUUCCAAUGACUUAUUACGAUAAUAACAAGGACUUAUCCAAUUGUAAAGAUUUAUCGAACAAAAACAAAGAUAAUACGCUCAAAUUAGGAUCCAUGUGCCUUUCAAUGCCUCAACUAAAGGUUAUGAAUGUUUUGAUGGCAACACAGGAAAAUAGUCCAAUCCUUUUGGCACAAACGCUGGAAAAAGUGGUUGAAAUAUUGAAAAAUACUGACGUUCAUUCACCAACAUUAACAGGUUUUCCUCCCUCAAAAGCUGAUGAUCAGUUAACCAAUGAUCUAUUAACAGGUCUUAUCCAUAGUAACAAGGCAACUGGAAUGAGACGAAUGUCAUAUGAACAAGUUGUACGUAAAAACAGCUCCGGUCUAUUGCAAAGUCCAACCACCAAUUCCAACUUUUCAAAUCUUCCCGAAAACCUGAAAACUCUCUUUGAUUACCAAUGGACUUGGCAUUUUAAUAUAAUUGAAUUGGAGCGACUUACCGAGAAAAGGCCAUUAUUUUUUCUCGGAUUAUCAAUAUUGUCUUCAUUCAAUGUUUGUUCAAAUUUAAAUUGUGAUGAAUCAACUUUACGCAACUGGCUUGUGGUCGUUGAAUCACAGUAUCGUGAUAACCCAUAUCACAAUUCAACUCAUGCAGCAGAUGUUAUGCAAGCAACAUCAUAUUUUCUGAGGAAACCUCGAUUGAAAGCCAUCUUUGAUCCACUGGAUGAGGUUAUUAGCCUCAUCUCAGCUAUAAUUCAUGAUAUUGAUCAUCCAGGAAAGUCUAGUGCGUUCCUUUGCAAUUCAAAUAAUGAACUCGCCAUACUUUAUAAUGAUAUAUCCGUUCUGGAAAGUCAUCAUGCCGCUCAAGCAUUCAAGAUAACCCUUAGUGAUGAUCAGAUAAAUAUUUUCAAAAACCUCGAUCGUGAUACAUAUAAAGAAGUCCGUCAAUCAAUCAUUGAUAUGGUCUUAGCUACCGAAAUGACCAAACAUUUUGAACAUUUAUCCAAAUUCAUAAGUGUCCUAAUUGAACCCUUUAAACUUGUCAAGCCUCCAACCAAAAGCACCAAAACACCAACAAAGACAACGACAAGUUCAUCAUCACCCUCAUCGAUAACAUCAGCACCAGUCAACGGUGACGGCGAUAAACCGGAAAGCUCAGAGAAAAGAGCAUCAAUAAACUCUGAUUCUUUAAAUAUACCGGCAACACCUGAAAAUAUUGUAAUCGUUAAACGAAUGUUAAUUAAAUGUGCAGAUGUAUGCAAUCCUACACGCCCUUUACCAAUAUGCAAUACUUGGGCUGAAAGGAUAGCUGAAGAGUAUUGUAAUCAGACUGACGAGGAAAAGGCAUUAGGAUUACCGGUAGUUAUGCCCGCUUAUGACAGAGCCACAUGCAGUAUUCCCAAAUCUCAGAUUGGAUUCAUCGACUUUUUUGCUCAUGAUAUGUUUGAAGCAUGGGAUGCAUUCGGUGAUUUCCCUGAAUUGAUGGAUAAUAUGAAUAAAAAUUAUGCUCAUUACAAGGAAGAGGAAAGAAAAGAGUCGGACAAACGGGAGGCCAGAAAAUCAUCAACAUGCAAGGAAAGCGUCUCAACCAGUGAAAUGGGAACCAAUCAAAUAAGAACUGAUGUACAAUUGGAAGUCAAAGAAUAGCGGGAAAAGCAAAGAAUUGAUUUGGAUUUCACUUCUUCUUCCAUUUCAACUCUUUAACCUGGCGAAUAACUUUUUAACCCAAUUCUUUGCUUCCCAAUCCUGGACUGGUCUCUAACACAUUGAAAGCGUUUUUUGCCUCUAAACUAUUUUAAAGUAUUACCAAUGUAAAAUAUCCAAACCAGAUGGCAGCUUUAGAGGCACAACUAGAGCUGGCAACUUGGACCGAUGACUUGAUGAGGUUAAACAGGAUUGUUAAUAACAUUAGCUGUUUAGAUAUUAAACUGUAAAUAACAUCAACAUUGUGUUUUGAUAUAAACGUAAACUGCGUUUCUAGUCCGUUUCAUCAUUAGUUUCAGGCUGUUUAAUCUUCAUCAUGUUCCCACCAAAAAGCAACACUUAUCAACUUGUCAUCAUGAAACCCUAAUUUUCCACCAAAUAGCCCACCACUGGUUGAGAGAUGGAAAGCCUCAAGUCUUGAACAACAAGGAAUACUUCAAUGUCUACAGUCAAAGGUCCAAAGGUGGAUAGUUUUGGGUUGGACAAAAGGUAUCAGAUUAACUGGUUAAUUUGGUGCAGCGAGAGUGACCAGAAGGAAAUAUCGUUGUGUUCAUUAUAUUUUUGUUAAAUCAAUUUCAUUCAAUUUAUUUGAUACCUAAAAAGGGCGCAAACCUCUCAAAACCUUUCAAUUUGUAAUUAUCUAUAUCUAUCUAUUAUUAACUAUUAUUACCAUUGAUUGUAACAUUAAUCUUUAAACAACAAACCCACAACAAAACACUGUAAUAUUGUAACUAAUUUUCAGGUUAGAGACUUGUACUUGAACAAGGAGACAAACAGUUGAACAUUAUGUUAUUUGGUUUCUUUUUGUUGCGUUUUUCUCGUUCAUUUUUUGAUUGUUAACUCUGUUCAGGUUGAUUGUUAUGCCCAUUGAAGACACACACACAAUACAAGUAUCCAAUAGGCAUAAAACCCUUUUACAGGACUCAGAACUUUUUAUUUAUUCCGUCUAUUAAAUGCUUAAUAGUAAGAAAAAAAACAAAACAUUUGCCAAGAUUGUAAACAAGAUUUAAAUUGUUGUUAUAAAUUAUGAUAAAGAAAAAAUUUAAAACACAAAA